GAAAUAUAAGAAUCUGAGUCACGGUAAAUCCGAGUUCAGACGUGUAUAUUCUGAUAAUAUAUUAUAAUACGAUAUAAAUUAAGAAUACGAGAUAGCUUCCGCGAAUAUUCAGGCUGAUGGCUCUAUCAAAACCUGAGAGUCUUUCACUGGAAUGCAGUGAGCUCCCUGAUCAGUUUCUUUUUGUGGGAGAUGUAACCUUGGGUGAGAAUGCCAGAGACACCAUGCAACAGAAGACUGAAAAGCAGAAGCAGAAACAGAGAAUUUUAACAGCUGUGGUUGCCCUGCUGAACUCUGGUGGGGGGAUAGUCUGCGCUGCGGUCAAGAAUGAGAACUACAGCUACUCAGAUGGUAAAGGCCUGGACCUAGAAGCGGCUUUGACAAAGCUGGUUGAACCAUCAACUAUAGAAGAUUACUUUGGGUUUUCGCAAAGCGGGAUGACCUUCUUGAUUUUUGUGAAAACAUGGAGCUCCACUGGGGGUCGGGUACGUCUUUGUAGUAUUGACACCGGCCUCCGAAUUAGAUCUGGAACAUCAGCUUUAAAUGUUGAAAAUAGUGCAGUAACAGAUUUCUUAAUGAAGCAGAAGAAAAAGAAAAAAUUGGCAAAGGGACAAGGUGAUGAGCCUGUGGCAAAGAGACGUCGCUUUUUGUCUGGAGAUAGAGCCAAUGGUCAGCGGCUGUUUGAAAGACAGGAAGUUCAGCUUGGAGAAGAGUUACCAUUUGGGGAGAGUGUGAAUGUGGAGCUGAAGAGUUUUAGUAAGGAAAAAAACCUUUAUAAAAGAAUUAAAGAUAUCAUUCCAAAGUACACAAGUGCCUUUGCCAACACAGAUGGUGGCUACCUCUUCAUUGGUGUUGAUGAUAAAACAAAAAAAGUAGUUGGAUGUGGCAGCGGUCUUGAGAAGAAUUCCAUAAAGAGAGAAGUAGAAGACAUAUGCUGCAAGGUCAUUUCAGUUCACUUCUCAGGCUGCACUCAGGAGAAUGACUGCUCUGUGGAAGUCCGCAUCCUCGACGUCCUUGGGGGAAAUGCCAGUGAGUCUCUGUACGUUGUGGCCAUACACAUUCCAAAGUUUUGCUGCACUGUUUUUGAAAGACAUCCGGAUUCAUGGCAUCUUGAGGGCACAGAGGUGUGUCAGAUACAGGUUGGAGUUUGGUUGGAGAAGAUGCAGAUAACUGAUCCAGAUGAUAAGGAGUUACGUGCACGGUUUGAAAAAAUGCUCAGUCCAAGUGCUGCUCCUCAAAAAUGCAAGUCGGUCUAUGGGAUCAAAGAUGACCAUCUAAGUUCUUUGCAGCAUAAAUUGUUCCCUGUUUAUGAAGGAAGAAUAACAAUUACACCUGAUGACCUUAAGAUAAAAUUAUGGGAAAAGUAUCCAAACCUUCAAAAGUUGAUGCCAGAGGACAGCCGAGGAGUCCUGAUUCUCUCCAACAGCUGGGCAGUUGAUAUUGACAGACCAAAAAACAAGGAGGUCAUUUGUGAAGCCCUCCUGAUCUGUGAACAGGAUUACCCUAAACUUUUCUUUAUGGUGGAAAAUGGAAGCUCUGAUCUGUGGGAAUAUGCCAAGGAUACUGCCUUCCACCUCAAACGGAAGCUUGUGAAUCUUGGAGGCUAUUCUGAAUGGGUCUGUGUGAUCCCACAACUGGUGAACUGUGAGACAGGGCAGUUAAUAGCAAGAGAUCAGAGUAGUGCUGGUACUGUGAUAGGGCAUCAGUACCCAGAGUGCUACAAGCCUGAGAACAUGGGGGUAGUGAGAGCCUUACUACGGGCCCUGGUGAUUGUAGUAAUGAGCUUCACUUCAGCACUCAGCAAUCAGUUAGGGGAAGAGUUCUUGAAUUUACUCACAUUUGAGCAGUUUGAAAUCCUUCACUCAAAAUUUGACGUAGAGGACAUAAGAGAACUGUUUGUUCACGGCUAUCCUGGAACAGGGAAGACUGUGCUGGCAACCCUGGUAAUCAAGAGGAUUAAAAAUACAUUUGGAUGUGAAGCAGGUAAUAUCCUUUACAUCUGUGAGAACGCACCACUAAAAGAAUUUAUAAGAAAAGAAAACAUUUGUUGCAGUGUAACACGGUCAUACUUCAUGAAAGGAGAAUUUCCAGAUAUCAAGCACAUAAUUGUGGAUGAAGCCCAGAAUUUCCGGCUGGAGGAUGGAGAUUGGUAUAAAAAAGCAAAACGGGUAGUAGAACCAGGCAAUGGUGUGUUUUGGGUCUUUCUUGAUUACUUUCAGCAGAGUCACACACUACCUAGUGGUUUACCGUCACCCUCAAGACAAACCAAUAAAAUUAUUUUAGAGAAAUCCUUGCGGAAUAGCGUGGCUGUACACGAUGUGGUUUGCAAGCAACUUGACAGAAUAAGAGAGAAUACAUCUGAAGUUCAGAAAGAUGUAGAGGGACACAUGAAGAAAAUGAUUAAGCAGAAGAUCUGCAUGCACUCAUUUCAAGGUUGUUAUAAAAAGAUAAUUGCAACAGAAAACUGCGUUAUAUCCAAACUGACAUCAUUGGUUAAAGACCUACAAAAACAAGGAAACUCACCAAAAGAUAUUGCCAUUCUCGGUUCAAUUUUGGAUGAUGUUUCCUCAUAUCGGAGUCAUUUAAACAGGACAACUGACCUUCCCUUGGGUCCAGCAGAGUAUAUAGAUGAAAAUGUGGUUGUAGUUGACUCAGUUCGCAGAUUCUCUGGUCUGGAGAGAAACAUCGUCAUUGUGAUUAAUCCAGCGGUUCACUGGAGUCAGGGGACAAUUAUGAGACAUUUUUUUGUUUCGGCCAUCUCCAGAGCUAGAAUACAACUGUAUGUUAUUUUCGUGAAAUGAAAGAGCAAGAAUUGGGCAAAAAGUCCAUCACAGGCACUACAGGGUAAAUAGUGUAAAUAUGACCAAAUGUUUUUUUUCUAUCCUAAGCUUUGGCCCAAUCUACCUUUUCUGCUGUUUUUAGUUAUUGAUAUGUAUAGUCAUCGUUGGUUACGCUUUACAUUAACUGCACCUUCAUAAUGCAUUUGUAGAAUAUUCAGUGCACCUUAAUAAUGCAUUCAUAGAACAUUCAUAAGCGGCAUGUAAUAACACCUCAAUAACCUAACAUACCUAAACAGCUGUAUAUAUCAAUAACAAACAUUAUAUGAUAAUAAACAUUAUAAUCAUGCAACUGUAGAAACUGUAUUGAAUUGAACUAUGUGCAUUUACAGCAGUGUUUUUAUGUAUCUUUACUAUGUGGAUUUAAUUAGCAUUUCAUUCAACACCCCAUACACAGGUAUACGUACACAAUCACAUAUACACAAUGUAUUUUGUAUCUGAUUACUGCUAAGUUUCUAAAUCCCUUUGAUGGAGAAACCUUUGUAAUGGCUGGUAUUUAUAUUAUCGAUCUUAUGAAAUGUAUGGUUUACUUUUGUGAUUCUGUUUCUUUUUAAGACAUAAAUACUAAGUACAAAACAUUGUUAUUGACUUUCUCUCACCAUUUUAAUGUUAUGAAGGUAGUUUUAUUACGCUGUAGUGUUUUUAUUCUGUUUGCUUUCUCUCGAAAUAUAAAUCCUAAGUAAUGCUUUCCAAGUCACCAUGGUUAUGAAAUGGUCAAAUAAUUAAUAAAAAUUACCUUAAUGAACCGGCAUUGUUAGAGAAAUAUGUACUUUUUUAUUGUCAUUUUGCUAGAUGCCAUUUCUUAGAAAUAACACCCUGCAGCAGCUUGAUCUUAAUUUAGCAAUAACACUUCUUAAGAACUGUCGCUUGAAUAUCUCCACCCCAUACAUGGUGAUAAACAAUGUUAAAUGUUAUUUGCAUAUCCUGUUUGUGUACCUCAAUAAAAGAUACUGCGAGGGGAGUUCCUUUUUCGAAGUUGGCUGAGUUCGACUGAGAGGCUGACACCUCGAAGUCAGGACCGGACUUCCCUUGCAGCAAGUAAAAAGUCAUCACAGCUGUCUGUGUUGUUCUGUGUUCAGAGACUGGUUGGUUUCCAGCGUAUCUUUAGAAGAAGAUAACCCUAACAGGCAUCAUAUGCUUUUGAUAGAGGGCAAGACAAGUGGCGUAAUGUGUAAAUAGAUUUUAAGCCAACCUGUAAAGGGCUUAAUAGCCUGAAUAUUCUGGUCUAGUGCAUUUAGGAUGAAGCCCAGAACACAGAAUGGAACAUGGUACAAAAAUGAGCAGAAAGGGGCUGUUUCUGAAUGUCCAUGAAUUACUUUCAGCAGUAAUAGAGUUCCGAUGUAGCAGACAAUUAUAUUUUAGCUUUCUGUCACUAGAACCAUGUAGAUUGAGGAAUCAGAAUCUCAAUUUGCCCAUAAUGUGUGAGUGUUGCAAUGGCCUCGCAUCCUAUUCAGGGUGUUCACCUAGCUUGGGCCCUAUGCUGUCUGAAAAAGACUCCAGAUUUUAAUGUUACUGCAAUGACAUUUCGGCAAAUUGGACUAACCUGUCGCAUCAUUUAUUCACUUUAAUUUUCGAGGUGUUUUUCAGUUCAGCCCACUGUAGAUUGAUAAUUUUCAUUUCCAUCAAACGAGAUGGCAUCCUUUCAUUCCUAAUACAUUACCCAGUCCAUAUCAGUAUAGAUAUCCAGCAUGAUUUUUUUUCCUUUGACAUCUGAUGUGUUUUCAAAGUGUUCCUUUAAUUUUUCUUGAACAGUGUGUGUGUAUAUACGGACAGACCACACCAAGGGAGGAUCGUCAUAUUCUACACCAAGCAUUACAGAACCCCAUGACAUCUGCACCUGCCACCCGGACACAGGUAUUGGACUCCUUACAGCACCCCGUGUCAUCCCUCUUUCGACGACUGGCAUCAGGCAGACUAUGGGUUCACUGUCCCAUGUGUCGGCUGCUGUUAACACCAGUGCAGAGAUGGCUGCAUUUGGAGUAGUGGCAUAACCAGGAGGUGUGGACUGUUGACCAGUGGUGUCUGUCAGGGUCAGCAUCUGUCCUCCUCAACCUUUUAUGCCUUCACCUCACAUUUGGCCAGAAGGUAUCGCUGGCCAUCCUGUCCUCCCUGUGUCCUUCAAACCCUAAGUUUGAGACCAGCUUCCUCUUUGUAACUAUUGGAAUUUUGUUCUCCAGUGUUUAUUUUCUAUUUUAAUUUUCUUGUUCCUAGUUUGUGUUCUGUUUUGGUUUUUGUUUUGUGCCCUUGGUUAUGUGUUACUUUAUUUUCUUUGUUAUAUUCCUCUGUUUUCUAGUUUCCCUGUUGAUCUCUUGAUUCCUUGAUAACGUUUAUUUGACCCCUGUUUCCCUGUGCGUCAGGAUAACUCUACCUGAUUUCUCGUUGUCCUGCACCCUCUCUGAUUGGUUAAUUCUUUCAUGUGUCACUCCUCCUGUGUUGUUACUCGGUUCGGUUUGUGUAUUUAUGUUCCUGCCUUAGUUCAGGGCCUUAGUUGAUCAUUGUGUUAGAAUGUUAGCUGUUACUCUUUGCUGUAGUAUGAGUUUGUGCUGUGGUCCCUUACCUGUUCUAGCUUCCUGUAUUGCCUUGUUCCUGGACCUUGUUUCCUUGUCAUUCUCCUCAUUUUGCUUUUUGAUCCCUCAUGGUCCUUUCCUUUGUAGUUUUAUCCAGUGUAUUUAGUUUCAUAAUAAACCCCCUUGUGUCA